AUGUCUGGCUUAAAAAGAACUCUACGUCAAUCAGCAAGGCUCGUCGAACACGCAAGCCUUUACAAUACGUCGGUAACCCUUGUAAAGCUAGAGGAAGAGUCGAACCUGCAGUCGAGCAGUGACCAAGAAUCUCCCCGACGGCCGAAACGCGUCAAACUCGAAGACUCCGUGCAGGACAUCGAGGAGUCCGCGAAUGUAUCCACACCCAAGCGCUCAAAGGCAAAAAUGUCACCGUCGUUGUCGCCGAAAAAGCCCAAGGCAAUACCGCAGUCGUUGGCGACGCCCCAUCCAGCGCCAGAAAGAUGGAGGGAUGCUUACGAUGCGAUAAAGGACAUGCGGUCCAAUAUCGUGGCCCCAGUGGAUAGCAUGGGAUGCGAUAGUGCACAGUUGAAGGAAACGGAACCACAGAAUCAACGGUUUGCUACUCUUGUGUCGCUCAUGCUUUCAUCACAAACGAAGGAUGAAGUUACCGAUGCUGCAGUCAAACAGCUGCGUGCUGUACUAGGUGGAAGUAUAUCCGUGCAAGGUAUCAUCGACGCGGAAGAUAGCUGUAUUUCAGAAGCAAUUGCCAAGGUCGGAUUUUGGAGACGGAAAACACAAUACCUCAAACAGACAGCAAUAAGGCUCCGAGAUGAGUUUGAUUCAGACGUCCCGAAAACCGUUGAUGAACUAUGUUCUCUACCGGGAGUUGGUCCCAAGAUGGCCUUUCUAGCGCUUCAAAUAGCGUGGAAUCUUAACCAUGGUAUCGGUGUUGACGUACAUGUCCAUCGAAUAACGAACCGUCUAGGGUGGCAUAAGCCUCCGACGAAAAACCCAGAGGAGACACGGCUAAAUCUUCAAUCGUGGCUUCCGACGGAGCUCCACCCCGAGAUCAACCAUCUACUUGUUGGCUUUGGGCAGAUGGUUUGUUUACCCGUCCGCCCAAAAUGUGGAGAAUGCACGCUUAGUUUGGCGGGUACAUGUCCAAGUGCGCAAAAACCCAAGGCUGAAAAGUCGAAAAAGGCGGCCAGACCCGUCGUCGAGGUGUCAUUAGAAGGAGCAUGAAAGUCUAUCGUCCGGCAGACCCCUGGCAUCAUCUCUACGGGUCUAUCUCAUCGUAGUCAAUCGUAUGCAAAUCUCGUAAUCUACACAUCGUACUUAUCGUUGACACACGGAGUGAUUUGGUUCUAAUGUAAUUGGAUCAUUGUGGAACGUGCUCCCGUUGAAAGACAGUAUUCACCAAC